AUGCGGCUCGAUACGGUUCCGCGGGUCGUCUCGAUGGCCGCUGCCGACGCACAAGAUCGAUCGGGAUCCUUCGCGGAUCUCGCACCGCCAUUGGAGGCAGCGACCGUAGAGCGACGUAGAGUGGCCACCGCCGGCUUGGCUUCCAGCAGCCCCUACACGCAUCGGCUGCGCUUCUCUCUUCUGAAACUUCAUCGCGUUGCUUUCAUCGAGACAUUUAUCCUCAAACACGCGUUUAUACUGCUGCCAUCAUACCUCGACGACGACAACAACUCUCCUCUGGUCGCCAUCGUCUCAUCUCGUCCGUCUUCGUCAACGCCAUCAUCAUCGUCUACUCCAAUAGCAGGUCCGAGCUCUCCCGUCAAGUCUCCAGUCAAGCCGAUCGCAUCCGGCAAGGAGCUCUCCGAACAAUAUGAGCUGCUCGAAAAGAUCGGCGCCGGCUCCUUCGGUACCGUCUACAAGGCCAUGCACAAAGAAUCGCGCCAGAUUGUAGCCAUCAAGCAGGUCGAUCUCGAAGACUCCGACGACGACAUCAGCGAGAUUCAGCAGGAGAUCGCCCAUCUCGCUCAGUGCGACAGCGAGUGGGUCACGCGCUAUUACGGCAGCUUCGUGAAAGGCUACAAACUCUGGAUCAUCAUGGAAUACCUUGCAGGCGGCUCCUGUCUCGACUUGCUCAAAGCCGGCUCCUUCUCGGAAGCCCACAUUGCCAUCAUCUGUCGAGAGCUCCUUCUCGGUCUUGAAUAUCUGCACAACGAGGGCAAGAUUCACCGAGACAUCAAGGCUGCCAACGUUCUCCUUUCCGCGAGCGGCAAAGUCAAGCUCGCCGAUUUCGGUGUGGCAGCCCAGCUUUCUAACAACAAGUCCAGGCGUAACACGUUUGUCGGCACACCCUUCUGGAUGGCACCUGAGGUGAUCCGUCAAGCCGGUUACGACUACAAAGCCGACAUCUGGUCGCUCGGCAUCACUGCCAUCGAGAUGGCCAAGGGCGAGCCACCGCUCGCCGAAUACCACCCCAUGCGCGUCCUCUUCCUCAUCCCCAAAGCCAAAAGUCCGACACUCGAUGGCAACUUUUCUUCGGCCUUCAAAGACUUUGUUGAUCUCUGCCUCAUCAAGGAUCCAAAGCAUCGCCCCUCCACCAAGGAGCUCCUCUCACAUCGCUUCAUCAAAUACGCUAAAAAGACGGUCUUGCUUACCGAACUCAUCGAGAAGCACCAGGAGUACAAGGCCCGCGGGGCCACACGUGGUGGUGCUAUCGUUCGCGAUCAUCUGCGCGGUGUCGACGCAGAAUCGACUAUCGGCGCUAGCACCAUCAUGAGCGAGUGGCAAUUCGACACCAUGCGCUCACGCAUGUCCAUGUACGACGAGGCUAAUGCCGGUGACGAUGCUGACGAGUUUGCCGGGAGCCUCGACGUCUGGGCCAAGCCUGGUCGAGGUCCUCCCGCUACAGUGGAACAGCGUGCAGGCUACGAGACUGUUCGGGGCGCACGUCCUGCCGGCCACCUGAUGGAAGCCGUCGACAGUGCCAUGCAUACGCCUGUGCGCAACGGCACGCUUCGCGCCACUCAAGCUAACAGAGCCGGCGAUCGCGACGACGUCUCGGACCUUUCGACGGAAGCCUAUUCGAGCAGCGAUGCGCUCAGUCGAGCCUCGAGCACUCCUGCCACCUCGACUGCAUCUGGCCCCUCAACACCAGCGGAAAAGGCGCGUGAUUCGAUCCAUGUCGAUGCGCUGGCUGCUUCUUUCCGCGGCAUGAAGACUUCGGAUGACGCUGCCAGCCGCUACGUUGCUGGGGGAAUUGGCAGGAACGCUGGAGCAUCUUCCUCUGUGUCGCAUCUCGUGCCUCCAGCCGCCAGCGGCUUGGCUGAAAGCAGCGUUGAUGUGGCGACCGCAGCGGCGACGUUGGCCUCGGCUGAACCGGGUUCGACCGCCACGCUGCACAUCCGGUGUGCUCGCGAUGGAAAGGCCUCGCCUAGCCACAGCAGGAACAACUCGGCAGCAUCCUCGGCGCGCUCCACGGAGACGCGUCCACGUCGAAGCAGCUGGAACGAGCGCAACGACAUCAACGGCACUGUGCUCAAGGAGGCCGACGUCGCAAACGGUCUCGAGACGCUGCGACCAGUUCGUCGACUCGAUGCGGGCGGGUCUUCCCGAGCGAGUCAGCAGUACAUUGGCAGCUUGCGGAGCGGCUCGGCUCCUUCGGGAUUGGACAAGUCGGGCAGACCCAUUCAGGCAGGCGGGGCUUCGCCGCAGCGGGCCUUGCGGCAUUCGCGCUCGGCACUGGCCAGCUCAUCCAGCACCGCCAGAGCACACGCCACGGCGGGCGAAAACCUGGUGCGCGACGUCAUCCUGCCAGUCAUGGACCGUGCCAAAGAGCAGGAGCUGGCGGCACCCGAGGUGGAAGCGCUCAAUAUGAUCUCGAAGGGCUUUGAGGAUCUGAGCAUGCUCAACUCGCGUCUCGCCUACUCUACCAUUGUCGACCUGCUGCUCAGCAUGAACGACAAUGAGCAGGCACGCGAGAACCUAUCGACGACAUUCCGGCAGCGGCUGACAGGUCCGCAGAUUGCCAAGCUGCAGGCAAUGCCGGUGGCGGAAGAGGCACCGAGGUCGCCCAUUGCGGAUUUGCUGUAUGGAAGGUGGUUGGAGGGUCUGCGCACCCGUUGGAUGGGGUAUUGA